GCGUCUCCUGGCUGAAGCUGCUCUUCAGAAGCUGGAUCUGCAGACUGCUGAACAAGCUUUUGUACGUUGCAAAGAUUAUCAAGGUAUUAAAUUCGUGAAGCGUCUAGGCAACCUGCAGAGUGAGUCAAUGAAGCAAGCAGAAGUGGCAGCCUAUUUUAGCAGAUUUGAAGAAGCUGAAAGAAUGUAUCUGGAUAUGGACAGAAGAGAUCUUGCCAUUGGACUACGGAUAAAACUGGGAGAUUGGUUUCGAGUAUUGCAGCUACUGAAAACUGGCUCGGGUGAUUCAGAUGAUGCCCUUCUUGAACAAGCACACAAUGCUAUUGGAGAUUAUUUUGCAGACCGUCAGAAAUGGUUAAAUGCUGUACAGUAUUAUGUACAAGGACGAAACCAGGAACGUUUAGCUGAAUGCUACUACAUGCUAGAGGACUACCAAGGACUGGAGAAUCUAGCUAACUCACUUCCGGAGAAUAAUAAAUUGCUCCCUGAUAUAGCUUAUAUGUUUGUAAGAGUGGGGAUGUGUGAACAAGCUGUGUCAGCCUUUCUGAAAUGUAAUCGACCGAAGGAUGCGGUAGAUACCUGUGUACAUCUCAACCAGUGGAAUAAAGCGGUGGAGCUGGCUAAAAAUCACAAUAUGAAAGAGAUUGGAUCCUUGUUAGCCAGAUAUGCAAGUCAUUUACUGGAAAAGAAUAAAAUCCUUGAUGCUAUAGAACUCUAUCGUAAAGCCAACUAUUUCUUUGAAGCUGCUAAGCUCAUGUUCAAGAUUGCAGAUGAAGAGGCAAAGAAAAGGACAAAGCCUUUGCGAGUUAAAAAGCUUUAUGUAUUAGCAGCCUUACUUAUAGAACAGUGCCAUGAACAAAUGCAAAAUGCACAAAGGGGAAAAGUUAAAGGAAAAAGUUCAGAGACUGCUUCAGCUUUGGCUGGUUUGCUAGAAGAAGACGUUCUUUCUUCAACUAAUCGCUUUGCAGACAAUGCUUGGCGAGGAGCUGAGGCUUACCAUUUUUUCAUACUUGCACAAAGACAGCUCCAUAAAGGUUCUGUAGAUGUAGCACUUAAAACAGCUCUUCAUUUGCGAGAUUAUGAAGACAUUAUCCCUGCAGUUGAAAUCUAUUCCCUUUUGGCACUCUGUGCAUGUGCAAAUAGAGCAUUUGAUAUUUGUUCAAAAGCCUUUGUUAAACUAGAAUCCUUGGAAACUCUUAGGCCAGAGCAGAGGCAACAGUAUGAAGACCUUGCUCUAGAGAUAUUCACCAGACAUUGUCCAAAGUAUAAUAAAAAAUCUGAUCUGGACGACGUUCUUGAGAGUGGAGAUGGGAAACUUCCUGUAUGUGUUGCAACAGGAGACCCUAUCCUGGAGUAUCGAUUCUGGAUGUGCAGUGUAUGUAAGCACUGCAUGAAAGCCAAAGAAGCAAGCAAUUAUAACUUCUGUCCUCUGUGCCACAGUACAGCAUAGCACAGGAUAAAGGACUGUUCAUCCUAAACGUC